AUGAUUAACAAAGGUGUCGAGAGUACUAAAAGCUCUAUCUAAGAAUCAGGUAUUUACUCGACAACUCCAGCUAGUCAAUAGGCAAAAUAUCAAAAGCAAUAGCACCCAUUUUAUCAAGCAAAUUAGUAGUAUUAAAUGAAUAAUAGCAAUUAUAAGCUAGGAAAUAGUAGCAAUAAUUAUAAUAGUAUUAUAAGUACAGCUUCAAAAGCGAGUACUUAGUAAAUAGCAGGAGUCAAUUUACAAGCAAAAGGAUAUCUCAGUUCUAUUGCUUAGUAAGAUGUUAACAGUAGAAAUUUCAUUCAUAAUAAUAGAAAAUUGGUUAUGAAUAGCGGAAGUCAACAGUAUUCUGCUAGCACAUAAGCGACAAUCAAUACCAUGAACGGGGGAGGUUAUUUCCCAACUCAAAUAAACACUGAAGCAAAUGGAUUUCUUUCUUCUCCUCUUAUAAAUAAUGAUAUCAUUAACAAUAAUAUUCCUUUACAAUAUUAGUCAAAUAAAAAUUCUCAAAUUUUAAGGAUGGGGGAAAAUAUGGAAUAUUUGUUAGGUAAAGGAUACUUGAGGGAUGCUUGUGACUCGUUUUUAGAUUAUGUUUAUUAAGUGCAAGACCUUCACUUUGAUUAGCUUCUCAGCGAUGAAUUCUGUGAAGGAAGCGAAGAAUUAUAACUUAAGGAAUCUGCUUUACUUUACAAACUAUCUACAAAGUUUAGUAGCUACUUGCUACAAACUUCCUCCUAAAGCACUCAUUCAAACACGAUUAUUAAUUAAGAAAAUAUUAACUAAGCUCAAAUCGAUAUUGAUAACUCCUUUGUGAUUCUGUAAUUUAUCUAAAAAGUAAUUUAAAGCGCCUAAAAUAAGCACGAAGAGACGCUUAUUUUGAAAUGGAAAGCAAAUUAUUACUCUAAUUUGGCUGUAUACUACAUAAGGAGACACGAAUAUAUGCUUUCGAUUAACUACUUUAACUUAAGUUUAUAAAUGUUACAGUGUUUAUAGACAAUCCUCUAACAAAAAAUUUAAUAGAACAACCCUAAUUUUAACACCUCUUAAGCAGUAGAUCAAAUUAAUGGUGAAAUAAAUGGUAACAAACAAUAAAAUUUUAAUAACUAGCACUUCACUUCAAGUGAUAAUUUAGAAAUAGAAGAAGACUUACAAUUAGAAAAUCAAUUAAAGCAGCCAUAAUAAUAGACUUCAAGGGUUACUUAGUAAUCUAAUAUUUAUACUGAGUUACAUUAAGAUCUACCUUAAAAUCUCAUCAAUGAGAUAAAUAAUCAAGUUACUUAAAAAAGCAUAGUUUUAAAUAACUUAGCAGUCUUGUAUGGGAUAAUGGAAGACUUGGAUAAAGCAGAAGAGUUGCUAAUUCAAAGUGUUUAUUCAAUGGAAAGCGAAGUUUUCUAGCAAAUAAGAAAUAUUUCAACUCAAUACCUUCGUAAAGAUAAAUAAUUUCUUGAAAAGCUUCCAGUUUUAAUUUAUGGAUAUAUAUUUUAUGAGGGAGUUAGAAAGAAAAAGCUAAUUAGAAACGAGUAGCCUAUCUUACAGACUAAUGACCCAUUCCAAUACGCACCAAAUACAUUUUUGAAAAACGCAUACUCUCUCAGCAAGAAGUAUUUUGGUGAGGAUAAUGCUUUCACUCACAAAAUAGAUUUCUUUAGGAAGAGAUAUUCGCUUCACAAUCAGUACUCUGACGUUUUGGCAGAAACUUUUCCAUACGAAGUAGACUUCCAAAAAUUAAAGGGAGCUUAAAUGUAUUUUUAGUAAUAAUAAUCAGAAUAAAUCUAUGCAAAUUAUAUACUUGGCCAAGAUCCUGCCAAAUUCAACACAACUUUUACCACAAAUUAACUAUUUUCUAAUGGAGCAUGCAGCUCUAUAAAAAAAUAAAGGACUGAAUCUAUUCAGAAAAGAUACAGUGAUAUAUUCGAAGAUAUACCAGAAGAUAAAAAUAUUUAAUAAAAUGAAGAGAAAAAUUAAGAUUAAAGGAAAGGAAGAAAUAGAUCGUUGCAUUCUCUUGUUUAGAAUAAAUAAAACUCAAGUUUAUAAAAUAGAAAUCUGGGAAUGCCACAGAAUUUAAAUUCUUUUUUAAUCCAAUAAUCUAUUUGGACAAACAGGGCAAAACCAGUUAGAUCUUAACAUCAGUUUAGGAUAUAAACUUAAGGGAUUGAUUUCAAUUAAAGAACAAGAAACUCAAAUCCUAGAAAUUUUAUGGUUUCUCCAAAUAAAGAAAGCAAUGGAGGAUCUAUUGAUUUGCAACAAGAUAUAAGAAUAAUCUAAAAAUCACUUGCUUAAAUUGAAAAUUAGCUAAAUACCAUUAAACAUUCAAAUGGAAGUAUUUCUAAUAUUGGAGAGAAUUAAGACUUAAGCAAAUAUAAAAAGUAAAGUAAAAGUUAGUCUCAUCAAAAUAAUACUGAAUAAUCAAGCAUAUAAAGGGAAUAAAAAGUUAAAACAAAAGAGGAGGAAAAGCUUGAAAGCAACUAGAUUCAAGAUAAUGAAAUUAAUACUAAUGAUUACAUAGUUCACGGUGGGGUGAGCAAAAUUCACUAGAAAGCAUUUGCACAAUCAAAUUAAACUAACAGUGUAAGAGAUGACCGAAGUAAUUCUAACGGUUCUAUCAAACCAUCACAAUUCAAAAAGGAAUCUAGCAAAUAAUAAGAAAAGUUGCAAAAAUAAAAUAUUCCAGAUUAUAAAGAAAUUUAAAAAUAACAACCCUAAAUCCAAAAAAAUUAAAUUUAAGAAUAAGUAAAGAAACCAAAUUUACAAACUACUCCCAAAAUUCAAGAACAAACUAAGGAAAAAAUUGCAGUGCCUCAAGAAAGCGUAUAAAAUAAAAUAUAAAGUGAAAAUUCAUCUGUAACUUUUGGUGGUAGCUUUUCAUAAAGCUAGGCCCUGAUUCAAAGUUAAAAAUAGAAAAUAACUUAAAAAGACGAAAAAAACUUUACUCAGUAUUCUUAAAAGAAACCAAUUGCUUAAAAUGACAAAGAUCAAAAACCUUAGUAAAUUUUAACAAGCAAUUCUUAAAAAAGCUUAAUUAAUUUAAUGAGUAAUACUAGUAUUGCCAACAAUUAUAGUGAAGUCAAUAUUUAAAAGAAAUCUACUGUUGACGAUAGAUAAGAAGCACCUAAAAUUGCUUCAAUUCUUCAGUAACAGCAAAACUAUUAAAUUUCUAAAAUUACAGAAACUAUAGUAAAAAAUUUGUAGGUAGAUUAAGUUUUUGUUUUGAAAAAACGCAUUCAUAUAAAAGAUACUGGUGAUAACUAUAUAGUUAAAUGCGGUGUACUAUAUAAUAAGCAAGAAAAAGUGUAUAAAAUAUCAAUAUCAAGUUAGAUUGGAUAAAGCAGUAAUGCGCCUAAGGUAGAAGAAAUAGAGUUGUCAAUAUUAACUAAUUUACUUUGCUUUGUUUCAUUCUAAGAUGUCCUGCCUUCUACUAUGAAUUUAGAUUCCAUUAACAGCUUAUAUGAUGUAUGCAAAUACUUUAUUCUGCCGUUUGUUGGGCUUUAGAGUAAGUAGCCUGAGAGGAUGUAUAACUCGAUAGGAUCUCAAGCUUAGUAAAAUAAUUUCAUGAACGAUCUCGAAAAUAAGGUCAUUAUGGUCAAUCCAAGAGCUCAUGGAAUUCUAUCGGAAUAUUAUAAAACUAUGUUCCUUGAUUAAAAUGUAUUGAUUUAAUUUAAUUAUAUUGAAGGAUUUUAAUUUAGAGUUGUGAUUUGUGACAAAGAAACAAAUAAAAAAAAUAUUCGCAUUGAUGUCGAAUAUGAUGAGGGAUCUUUUAAUGCUUUAUAUACAACAACCGAUAAAGAUGAAUACCAUGCUUAAAAACUAAAAGAUUUCUUUGAUUGCACUUUGGAAAGUGAAACUUCUUAGUAAGGAGUGGAACUUGUUCAUCGUGAUAUAGAGCUAGAAGGGUUAUAAAGUGUCAUGAAACGAAAAUAAACUACGCUAACAGAGGAGUACUUUACAUAGAGUGUGAAGAUACAAAAUUAUAACAAUUUUUUCACCCAUUUUAGCAAUAUUGUGAUUGAGUUUGAGCGAAUUAUUAAAACGUUUUCAACUCAUAAAAGUCUAGAAAGUCUCUGCAAAGAUGUAUCUAGCUUUAGAGUGAGAGUUUAUUAAGGAUUAAAGAAAUCAAUGACUAUAAUUACAACUGACUCCUAAAAUAAAUUUUAUCCUCCUACAACUUCUCUGGCUUCUUCAAGUAAUGAAAAAAAUAUAGGUGUGCGCUGUCUUCUGUUUAAUAAUUUUGAAAGUUACGGUGCGAAAGGAAUAAAACUUAAAGAAAAAGGAGAAUACACCUUAUCAGUUAAAGAAAUGUAAAAAAUAUACGGACUUAAUUAUAACAAUCUUUUAAAUGAGUAAAAACUUAUUCUAUUUACUCUUUGCUCGUAUAACUUCAACCUAAGAGUGAUAGAAAAAAUAUCUGAUUCUAUGCAAAAACAACAAUCAAAUGUAGAAGAAAACAGCAUAAUAAGAGUUUAGACAGUGUGUGGUGGUGAAACUACCUUCUUGAUUUAGGGUCUAGACAACUACUAGUAUCCAAUGACUUUUGAAGUGUUUGGAUCGAAAGAUAUAUUUUUAGGAGUUAAGAUAACCCUUUACUGUCCGAUAACUUGCGAGGAGUAGGGAAUCUUCUUAACAACCAACUAAAACUCUUGGCUAUUCUAAAAUGAGAUUCUUAAAAAGAAAUUACAUCAUUUUGCGGUUGACAGCUUACCACUCUCAAACUAUUUCAUAACUCACAUAUUUAAAAAAAUUGCUGUCCCUGUAUUAUACUCAAACCUCUAUAUAGAAAAUACUAACCUUUCAUUGUAAAGAUAAGGUUCAUAAUCUCCAAUCUACUACUCAGGUGCAUCUUCUCCAUUUGCUAAAUACAGCUCAGAUCAAAAAUAUAGCAAAAAUCCACCAAAGCUUUUAGGAACAAAAGGACUUAUUACUGAUAAUUGUACAAUCCUUCGUCUAGAAACCAUAUUAGAUCCAAACAAUGUUAUAAAUCAUUUUUUACCUUAAAAAUCAAAGUGA